AUGGCCCUCCUGGCUCACACCCUGGCACUGCUGGCAAUGACCAUGGCUACUGUGGCCAUCAAGGUGAUCCCCCUGGACAUGGCCAAGGACUCCUUCGAUGACCAGUACCGGGGCUGUGGCCCUGCCAUGACCAAGGCAUUGCCGUCCAUCUACAAAUUUGAGCUCCAGAAGAAUCCUCUCUUUGCCAAGACCUGGGUGAAGGCCGAGACUGAGUGGCGCAAGCGGGGCUCCCCUGUGUCCCCUCUGGCGUCCCCAGCCCAGGCCGUCGCACUCAUGGCCUACACAAUGAACGGCCUUUACAAGGACUUCAACGCGGCUGUGCAUGUGGCCGGGCGCUCCAGCCAGGCAUACCGGAACAACUUUCACUUCAAAACGCUGCAUUUCCUGCUGACCCAGGCACUGGUGACACUGAGGCAGUCUCAGAACGGGCAGUGUCGCCACGUGUUCCGGGGCGUGCGUGAUGUUCAUUUCCAGGCACGGAGUGGCCAGAAGGUCCGGUUUGGUCAAUUCACAUCAACAACGCCGCGUAAAGAGGUUGCUCUGCUCUUUGGGAAAGACACGCUAUUCGAGAUGCAAACGUGCCAUGGUGUGGACAUCCGUCAGUUCUCCAAGUAUCCAGGGGAGGAGGAGGUGCUGAUCCCACCAUUCGAGACCUUUGAGGUCACCAAAGUCAUGUGGGAUGGGAAGAGGACAUGGAUCACUCUCCGCUCCACCGGGACCUUCAGCAAACACAACUGCGAGUGGCACUGAGGUGGGAGAAUUCCCAGAGGCCCCCAUCCAACUCAGAGGACUCUUCCUGGCCACCACAGCC